UAGUAGGACUCUCUUUCUCCCCUAAGUAGCUGCUGACGCCUCAGAGUGCCAGAGUUUGAGGAGAUUUGAAAAAAAAAAAAAAAAAAAAAAAAGGUCUUAUCGGGAGGAGAACCGAAAGUCUGCAUGCAUGCAGUACGGUGUCUGAUUUUCCAGCCAGAUUCAAAUACUCUAAAUGGCCACUCCCCAUGGGACCUUAAUUUGCCUUGGUCAUAUAUUGUCACUGAACAGAUAAAGUUCUCAGGUUCCGAAAAUUCAGAUCUUCAUGGCAUCUGUUCCUUCGGCUUCCUUCUUCUCCUUGCCGCUUCCUCCAUGGCAGCAACCUCAGAGUGCACGGGUGGCUAAAUAUGAGGCCAAGAAGCGCAAGAAGACCCUUGACGACUGGGGUGACAAUGAUGAUGACGACCUAGGAGAAACCACCGAUGCUGCUUCGGAAGUUGCGCUGCCUGCGCCAUCUCUGACGUUAUCACCAGAUGAAGCUCACCAGUACCGCGUUGCGGGCUUGUCUUUCGACCAGGAAUUACCGGGCGGCAAGUUUCCGCAUGCUCCUGCACAGACCCAAUAUUCCACUCGACAGACGCGGGAAGGGGUACUUGAGACUCUAUCCUCUCUAUCGUCUCCCAUCUAUCCGCCCCAGUCUGCUGCUCAUCAGGGUAACCUCCGCCUGCAGCACCUGGCCGUGCUGACAUCUAUAUUGCACCGCUGUCUUCUUCAAAAAGACUAUGUCCGAGCGGGAAGAGCCUGGGGACUACUGCUCCGAGAGGAAUUUAAUGGAAGGCCGAUCGAUGCGCGGACGGAGGGGAGGUGGGGGAUUGGUGCGGAAAUUCUGCUCCGGCGCGGCCGUCAAAUCGCAGAUAUGGCUGCUGAAAAUGGCAGCGACCACGGCGGUUCCCAUUCACCAGGGUCGGGGCCACAGCUCAUGUUCACAAGGAAGGGCUUUGAGGAUGCCAAGAAGUAUUAUGAGAGGCUGAUCAUCCAGCAUCCAUACCGGAAGGCUUCUCCAGACUCCAUCAGCUCAUUGCAUUUCUACCCUGCCAUGUUCGGCCUCUGGGUGUACGUGGCCCAAGAGGAGAGCGAAGUCAGUCGACAAAAAAUCUGGACUCGUCAUACCGAUGAAUAUGGACAGCAUUCGGAGGAUGAAGAUCUUGCCUCCGACCACGACGGCCAUCGUGAUUCCAAGGAAAGGGCCCAUGCGCUCAUUGCCGGCGUGCGCAAAGCGGAGCUCAAUCAAGCGCAAAAAAUUGCGGGAAGAAUGGAUGAAAUUCUUGGCUCUCCGCCCUAUUCGGAUUCUCCAGAACUGUUAGAGCUCAGGGGAAUGGUGUCACGCUGGAUUGCUGAUCUAUUUGUGUCCUCUGUGCCUGGAGGACAGACCGAGCACGACUACUAUACCGAUGACGAGGACGAAGACUCGAUGUCCGACAACAUGCAGUAUUCGAUUCAGGAUAGACGUGAACGUAGACUUGCGAUGGAGAAGCGUGCGUCCGAGACUCAGAAGUCCGAAGAAUUCUUCAACAAGGCCAAGCAGCGUGGCAAGGGGGUAACUUCUACUCUUGAUGACUUCCACAUUGAUGAUAACGAGUCGAUGGGCUAUUGGAUGACGAUGGGCGUGGGAGACUAUGUGCAUGCCAGACCACCCGGCGCCCAACCGCGAUCUCGCACAAGUGAUCAUCAAAAUUCAAAUCUAAAUCAAAACCAAAAUCUCUCAUCCCGACAGGCUCUAGCAGCCCAAGCAAGGGUUGAAGUACCGUCUACCAACCUGAUUGCUCCGGUACCACUACCGGGCAACCAAGCCAGCCUAUUUGAGCACUAUGCGCAGCAGCCGCAACCACCACCAGUCGAAGAUGCCGUGCACAGGGACAUGUUCGACACCGACGUGGAGGGGAUUGAUGACUCGACCGUCGCAGCAACCAGCGUUUUGGGAUAUGAUGACCUCCCCCCUCAGUAUCAAUUAUCAUCAACCGCGCAGCAUCACGCCGCCGCCUCCGACCCGAAGUUAUUCCAACCGCACCCGUCCCAGUCCCAUCUCCCGCAACACUCGCACGACGCCAAAUGGUACGCGAGCUUUGGCGACAACGCCCUGAAGUCGGCCGGCUUCGACUCAGGGGAUGCGGCCGACGAUGCCGAGAGCCAGUUAACCUCCGUCGUUGGGGAUGAUGAGCGGUCCGACACGACCGAGGACGCUGCGGAUUAUGCUCGGCGCUACAGGUCGUCAACCACGACGGCCAACGAACCCUUGAGCAAGCGUCUACAGAAUUUCUGGAGCGCCAGCCGUCGCACCUAUCAGAAUGCCACCGAGGAUCCUCCCGCGACCGCCGCCGUGUACCCGGAGCCGGCUAAAGCGUCCGGUCCUGGAAUCCUGCGGCAAACCCACUCCGACUCCAGGAUGAUGACCGCUAGUCAGGUCUUGCCCCUAGCUGGCGGCAACAGCCGGAAAGUCACCCUCCCACGCAGCAUGACAGCGACCCCCCGGACGAGGUUCAGCCCCCCGAAGCCCACCCUCCUGGAACAGUUAGAUCUGACCCCGACCCGCCGGACGUCUGGACCUCGCCCUCAGCCAGGCAAGGACGUGACAGGCGGAGCCGGCCACUACCAGCGCCCCCACCACCAACAACAGAAUCAUCGCGACGUCGCGGACGAGUACGGCCUUUUUGACAGUGACUUUAGGAGACGUGGGAGCCUGCCCCCGCUGAGUGCCUUCGACAUCACCAAUAUCGAUGACCUGGACAACGACCACGAUGAUAAUGACGACCACAACAGACACGACCACGACCACGAACCCAUCAACGACCCCUUCUCCCGUCGCCUAUCCGUCCAGCGCAUCAGCCCAGACAGUAGCUCCAACCCCGAACCGGAAGAAGACCACCCUUCCAAAAAACGCCAGCUUGAUCCUGACUACCCUCCCGAAGUCCUCCGCCAAAUGUCUUUCGCGGACCUCCAAUCCGAACCAUUCGACUACAUCCCCAACUCCGCCGCCUCAGCCGCCGUCGCCGAAACAAAAACCACGCCUCCCCCUCCGGUAUCCUCAACAACCCCAAGCAUCGCGCCCCCCGCACCAGACACGAAACCCGAGGAGAAGCUGUCGCACCUGUUGGGUCUCUCCGACACGGACCGCCGGGAGUUCUUCUCCGGUCUGACCAUGGACGCCUGGGAAGACUACGGCGACCUCCUCAUCGACCAGUUCUCGGCAACGUUGACGAAAAUGAAGGAUCUGCGGCGCGCGCGCCGGCAGACCGCCGCCGUCUUCGAGGCGGAGAUCCGGAGACGGCACGAGCUGGUCGAGGAGCAGUCCGCCGAGUUGUCCCGGAAGCUCACGGAUAUGAAAAGUGGUGGGGCGGAGGUUCUUCGUGGGCGGACCCCUCAGUGAGAGUUGCUGAAUAGGUAGGGAAGGUAGUGUGAGUGAGUGAGUGAGUGAAUGAGUGUGCUCAUUCAUGUUCAUGUGAUUGCGGAUGAGAGGUGGCUCAAAUUUGCAUUUUGCAGCAGGCUUUAUUUAGUCUUAUUGCUUAAUUUUCCGGGAUGGGGCAUACAUACUACGAGUAACUCUGAUGUGCUUCGUUGAGGUUCAUGGCCUUUUUUUCGUGUUUCUUUCUCUUUCU